UUCACUUUCUUUGACCCGAAUGACCCGGCUUGCCAAGAAAUCCUCUACGACCCCAAGACCACGGUCCCGGAGCUGUUUGCCAUCAUCCGCCAGUGGGUGCCCCAGGUGCAACAUAAGAUUGAUGUCAUAGGCAGCGAGAUCCUGAAGCGCGGUUGCCAUGUGAACGACCGGGAUGGCUUGACCGACAUGACGCUGCUUCAUUACGCCUGCAAAGCUGGGGCGCACGGUGUCGGUGACCCUGCUGCUGCCGUCCGCCUCUCCAACCAGCUGCUGGCCCUGGGGGUGGAUGUGACCCUGCGUAGCCGCUGGACCAACAUGAACGCGCUGCAUUAUGCCGCCUACUUUGACGUGCCUGAGCUCAUCCGCAUCCUGCUCAAAGGCUCCAAGCCCAAAGUGCUCAACUCGACCUGCAGCGACUUCAACCACGGCACGGCGCUGCACAUCGCCGCCUCCAACCUGUGCCUGGGGGCUGUGAAGUGUCUGCUGGAGCACGGGGCCAACCCCGCUGUCAGGAACAGCAAAGGGCAGGUGCCGGCCGACGUGGUGCCCGACCCCAUGGACAUGACGCUGGACAAGGCCGAGGCCGCCAUGGUCGCCAAGGAGCUCAAACAGCUGCUGCUGGACGCCGUCCCCCUGAGCUGCAACCUGCCCAAGGUCACGCUGCCCAACUACGACAACAUCCCUGGCAACCUGAUGCUCACCUCCCUGGGCCUCAAGCUCGGGGAGCGCGUGGUGGUGGACGGACAGAAGCUGGGCACCCUGCGUUUCUGUGGCACGACGGAGUUCGCGAGUGGCCAGUGGAUUGGGGUGGAGCUGGACGAGCCGGAGGGCAAGAAUGAUGGAAGCGUUGGAGGAAUACGCUAUUUCAUUUGCCCUCCGAAGCAAGGGGUUUUUGCCUCUGUGUCUAAAAUCGCCAAAGCCACAGACCAGAUGCCGUCAUCGGUGACGUCCACCCCAAAAACCCCCCGCAUGGACUUCUCCCGCAUGACCGGGAAGGGCCGGAAGGACAAGAAAGUUCUCAGGAAGAAGUCUCCCUCCGUGGGCAGCCUGGACCGAGAAGGGCUGAAGAUCGAGAUCGGGGACCAGGUGCUGGUGGCGGGGCAGAAGCAGGGCAUCAUCCGGUUCUACGGCAAGACGGACUUUGCGCCGGGUUACUGGUUCGGCAUCGAACUCGACAAGCCCACGGGGAAACACGAUGGCUCGGUCUUCGGGGUCCGGUAUUUCAGCUGCUCCCCUAAACACGGAGUCUUUGCCCCACCUUCCAGGGUCCAGAGGAUCGGCGGCCCCAAAGACUCCCAGGGAGAUAGCAGUUCGGUGAAGAAGGUGCACCAAGUCACUAUGUCACAGCCAAAGCGCAACUUCACAGCAGUCAGGACCCCAAAAGACAUCACGUCAGAAAACUCCAUCUCUAGAUUACUCUUCUGCUGUUGGUUCCCCUGGAUGCUGCGUGCAGAGAUGCAGUCCUAAGGCCUCGGCGCGCGCCUCUCCCGCCCUCCGCUCUGUCCUCUGUUCUCCAACUAACCGAAAGACUGCUCUCCCCGUUGGGCUCUCAUCUCCCCCCCCCCCCCCCCCCCGUCGCAGUUCUAGUGAACCCCAGUGCCUUGGUACCAUUGAACGUCGCCCCCUGUAGUCCGCGAGAAAGGCUGCACUAACCCCCCCCACCCCACCGCGCGUAUGCACCCCACACCCCGGGUAGACGUGACAUGGGCUCGGAAGCUCCCCUCGUUGAUUUCUCCCCGACCCCCCUCCGGGGCGCAGUGGCACGAACACAAAACCUCUUUGGUACAGAUUUCCCUCUGCGGUUUGAUUGCUCUGAGCCUGACGCUCGGGGUAAGGCCGAUCCAGGAUCCCCAGAACCUGGCCCUUUGAGUUGCUCCCCAACUAAACGUAAUCUAACCUGGCCUCUCUCUACAUCUCUGUAGCAGCGUGGACAGGGUCAGGUUAUAACACGCCGAGUGUGGAAGUAGUGAUCCUCCCCAGUUUAAGCCGCCUUUUUCUCUGGGAAUCAUGUAAUGCUCACCUUCCAGGAUCAAUGCUAUUCGAUUGCUCAGUUCCUUCCAGGGAGGAGAUCUGGCUUAUAGAAACUGGUCUCAUGUUGGACCUUAAAGAGCAGUGAGAUUUGGGGGGACCUUCCUCUCUGGAAGUAGUGCGGGCCCCCUUCUGAGAAAGCCCCCGUCCCCCGGGAUUCACUCUGGGGCCCACUGUUCAGUUACCAGGGGGAAAAUCAGUGCAUGAGUGUAUUUCUAAGGUAGAUCAGCGCUUACUGAGAUUGUUAAGCAUUCCCCUUGAGACACAACUGCUCCAAGGAGCAACUGAUGUUGACUUCAAAGCUUGGAGCAGCUUGUACCGGGGUCGGGGGUCUCUUAACACGGCGGUUGUCUGGUGCUUCUCUGUCCCUCUUUCAUUCUCAUCGAUUCGUUCUCCUCGGCGCGAUCGCUCUUUGUUGCAGGCAAACCUGCCGGGCUUUUUUCCUUUUGAGCUGUUUAGAAAAAAUAUAUAUUUUUAAAAGAAAAUGACCCUUAAUAACUAUCUUAAAAGAAAAAUUAGCCGUGGAUGGCAUGUUGAUGUUCCCCACCGAGCCAAAGGUCUGUCUAAACGUGAACGUUGUCCUGUUUAACUCUCCCGCUUAGAGCAGUCCAGUCCCAGUCCAGUUAAAGCAGUACGGUGGAUUUAUACUGGGAUCAAGGUGCGUAUAUCAGUCUAGCGGAGAGAAAGGGGAAUAAACUAUACUGGCAACAAGACACCUUUAUCCUGGUAUAACUAAACUCUACACAGGGGUUAUAUCAGUGUAACAGUAUCAGUUAAAAAAAACACCUCCAGCCCACCCGCUUGUACCAGCACAAAAUCCGUGUGUGGAACUGGUGUAAGGGAAUGAGGUGCCCCCUUUCCAUGUGGGAAUAGCUAUCCUGGUGUAAGCACACUGAUCCUGGUAAAACUGCGUCCACACUAGAGGGGAGUUGUACCGCGUUAGCUGGUCUGGUCUAGUGAAAGGGGGACAGCGUUUGGGGGCAAGUCUCGGGAAUGCUGGGAAGCCGGAGGCAUUUGGGAUGUUGACAACCGCCUCCGAGUGGCUGCUUUUGGGAAUGGCGUAGAGCUCCCUGUCUGAGUGGCUGGGCUCGGCUAUGGGCAGUAAAAGGUACCGGGUCUGCUCUCGUCGGGGGAGAGCUACAGAUAGUUGGCUGGGCACUGCCCAAGACAGGGCGUGGGUCAUUGCUAGAAACCAGGAACAGCUGCAUAGAAUCUCUCUCUCCAUCCAUCCAUCCCUCCCACUGAAUCCUUAGAUCCAUCCAUCUUAUCCCUCCACCCAUCCUUCCUGAUCCCUCUAUCCUCAGAUCCAUCCAUCCAUUUUCUCCCUCCAUCUCUCCGUUCUUCUCCUCUAUCCUCAGAUCUAUCCAUCCAUUCUUAUCCUUCCCUCCAUCCCCCACCGCUGCUGCCAUGUCCCCCAAUGUCACAAACUAGGAAAGCGGGAGAAAACGACUGGUCAACCUGCUUUCUCUGGGGAGUCCUGUUAGUAAGCAGAGGUAGCCUGGUCCAGUGGUUAGAGGUGGGGAAGCCAGGACUCCUGGGUUCUAUUCCUGACACUGGGAAGGACAAGGGAAAAGGAAGCCCAGACACCUGUUCUAUUCCUGACACUAGGAAAGGUGCGCUGGGCAAAGGAUUAGAAAGCCAGGACUCCUGGGUUCUGUUCCUGGCAUUGAGAAGGAGCGUGCCACCGACACUAUGGGCAAGUCCCCGUGCCUCUGUGUGCCUCAGUUUCCCCCAUCUACAAAAUGGGGAUGAGGAUAUUGACCCACCUCACUGAGGGGUCAUGGAGCUUCAAUAACGAAAAGGCUUUGAGCAGCUCCUCCUGGAGACACGGCGCAGUAUCAAGCAGUGAAAAAAGGAUCUGGGCCCAGCGUACUUUAAAACGCCUCCAAAUGGAACAGCUUCUUGUGCACCAGGCCAGAAUCCUAACCACCCUCUCCAAAUCCUCCAGCCUUCCUCCUUGUCUUUCUGUUGCAUUUUGUGAGAGCUGGGAAAAGCCAGGACUCCUGGGUUCUAUUCCUGACACUGGGAAAGGAACCUUGGGAAUAGGAAGCCAGGGCUGGCCCCUAAAGCUGCCCCCCACACGCAUCGCCAUCCCUAUCAGCUGUUAUGAGUACGAAACACACGCAUCGCCUCAUCCUCUCUAGCCCAAUAAAAAGACCCCCCCGCUUUCUCAUUUUCUUUUUACUAGCAAUAAAAAAAACCCUGCAAUUGCUCAGUUUCACCGUAGUCACGAGGGGGUAUCCUGGGCCUUCCCCCGUUUCAUCCAGACCCCGAGUCACCCCGGCCGGGCCUGUGUUUCCGAUGCUAACCGUCGUCGGGGACCGCUGUCCAAAUGCUAACCUGGCCCCAGUCCGGCUCGGACUCCUUUGCAGCGGUCCCCGCCAUGGCCUCAGUGUUUGUAUAAUAGAAAUCACACGUCGGAUGGAGUUUCUUUAACACUAUUUUUAAAAUUUGUAACCCAUUCUCCUUGUAAAUUGUUUAGCGAGUGGCUUGUUACUCCCGCUGACGAUCUCGCUGUUAACUUUGCAUGCCUUGUCCCUUUCCCCGUCCAUCCAGGAUCUCUGGAAAACUCAGCAUGAGAAGAAAUCAGUAUGCCUAUUGCUUAUCUGUCAUUAAUAAAGAGUGUUUCUAUGUG